GUCUCGUGACAGAUGCAGCGCUAGUCAGCUGUUAGCAUUUUCAACGUCUAGCUUAGUAAAAGCCAUGAUAUUCAGCUAGCUAAAGCAGAAGAAAACACAAUCCCAACGAUCGAACGAAGAUGUUGUCUCGUCUACUUAAGGAGCACCACGCGAAGCAAAAUGAGCGAAAGGAGCUGCAGGAGAGACGCAGACGUGAAGCUAUUUCUGCAGCCACCUGUCUGACCGAAGCCCUGGUAGACCACCUCAAUGUUGGAGUUGCCCAGGCAUACGUGAACCAGCGUAAGCUUGAUCAUGAGGUGAAGACUCUCCAAGUGCAGGCGAGCCAGUUCUCGAAACAGACUGCUCAGUGGAUCAGUAUGGUGGAGGGUUUCAAUCAGGCCCUAAAGGAAAUUGGGGAUGUGGAGAAUUGGGCCCGCAGUAUUGAGAUGGACAUGAGGACCAUCGCCACAGCUCUGGAGUAUGUGCACAAGGGUCAAGUUCAGUCUGCUUCCUCAUAAACUUCAUGGUGGGACAUUUACAGCUGAAACUUUUCACUGGAAUGAAACAGAAGUGCAGUUGACUCCUGUCAGCAAAGAUGCAAGCAGCAGUGACUUUGCUUGUUUGUACGCCCCUUUGAGUGGGCUAAUGCUGAUGGUUACUUUGCUCAGAGGGCUGUUUAAAGUCUGUUGCAUUUGACAGUUAAUUGCACGCCUGUAUCACUGCUUAGGUUCUUGUGUGAGCAAUGGUAUUAACCUGUACAAGCACAAAGUGAUGCUUGAGUUCAAAGAUUAAGCUUGUACAUGAAGCGAAAUAGGUCUAACAUCUAUUAAGUAGCGACUUAAGUUAACAACUAACAUUUUGGCAUUUGAAUGAUUGGGGGCAGAAAAGCUAAAAAUCACUAUGGGGUUUUUUUUUGAAGGUGUCACAUGUAAAAACCUAAUUCACCUGCUUGUAAUAGGUUUAAGAGGCUGUUGACAAUUUGCCACCUGUCUUUUGUCUGUAGUUUCUCCUAAAAGCAUUUUAUAGGAAGGAUUAUUUUCAGCACCUGAUACUUGAGCUUUAUAUGUCUAUGUAUUUUAUGUCUUUGUACAGUGAUGACUGUACUGCUUUGCCAGACAAUUUUACUUCAAACUUUGUUACCAUUUAGUCAUGGAAAAUUAUUUUUAAUAAAGUAAA